UGUAGCCGACUGGCGCCAUCCGCCAGUUCAGAGAGAAUGCCUUCACUGUAAAAAAACCUGGGACAUAAACACAAUCUGAUCAGUCAGCUCUGCAGCCGCAGCUAGUGUGAGCCGCUGAUAAAAUCCACUCAGCCAGCAACAAGGUGUAUGAGGAAACAGACGGCAAGGAUCACUGUGUGGAUUCUUUAAUCUAAAGAGACCAAAUAUUGGACUUCUUUAAUAUAUAUAUAUAUAUAUAAAUAUAUAUACAUAAACCUUUUUGUAAAAACAUCCAAGCUUGUUCCGAAGUUUGAUCGCGAUGGAAGUCGAUCAGCCCCGCUGGAUGAGUCACCACCAUCCUGCCGUGUUAAAUGGACAACAUCCCGAUUCUCACCACCCGGGUCUUGGCCAUGGUUAUGUGGACUCGGCGCCGUAUCUCCCGUCCGAAGAAGUGGAUGUACUCUUCAACAUCGACGGCCAAGCCAACCACGUUGCUUCUUACUAUGGAAACUCGGUCAGGGCAGCCGUGCAGAGAUACCCCGCACCUCACCACGGGGGUCAGGUUUGCCGCCCUCCUCUGCUUCACAGCUCUCUGUCCUGGCUUGAUGGAGGAAAAGCCCUUGCAUCUCAUCACAAUGCUUCUCCUUGGAACCUGAGUGCUUUCAGCAAGGCCCCGCUCCACCACAGCUCCCCGGGAGCUCUUUCCGUUUACCCUCCAUCCUCUUCAGCAUCCCUCUCGGCGGGACACUCCAGCCCUCAUCUCUUCACUUUCCCCCCCACCCCUCCCAAGGAUGUCUCCCCAGACCCCACCAUCUCCACCCCUGGGUCCACCAGCUCCAGCCGCCAGGAGGACAAGGAGUGCAUCAAGUACCAGGUGUCCCUGGCUGAGGGCAUGAAGUUGGAGACAGGAUCCUCUCACCCUAGAAGCAGCAUGGCAUUAGGAGGGUGCUCAACCGCAGCCCAUCACCCUCUGACCACUUACCCAUCCUACGUCCCUGAAUACAGCACCAGCCUCUUCCCAUCUGGCAGUCUGCUUGGAACUUCUCCCCCAAGCUUCUCUUCCAAAGCAAGACCAAAAGCACGCUCUAGCACAGGGGAUCGCGAAAAAAUACUUCGUGACUGUAAAUUGCACCAUUUGGAAGUUGACCGAGCAAGCUGUAGUGAUCUGGGGAUAUGUGCAUUCGACAUUUUAAUAGAAGGUCGAGAAUGCGUGAACUGUGGAGCCACUUCUACACCCCUGUGGAGGAGAGACGGUACUGGGCAUUAUCUGUGUAAUGCUUGCGGUCUUUACCACAAAAUGAACGGCCAGAACCGACCUCUUAUCAAACCCAAGAGGAGACUGUCUGCUGCUAGACGGGCAGGGACAUCCUGCGCAAACUGUCAGACCACUACCACCACUCUGUGGAGACGGAAUGCCAAUGGAGACCCCGUGUGCAACGCCUGUGGGCUCUACUACAAACUCCACAAUAUUAACCGACCACUGACCAUGAAGAAAGAAGGAAUUCAGACCCGGAACCGGAAAAUGUCCAGCAAAUCCAAGAAGAGCAAAAAGACCCACGACGGUCUGGAUGAGUUUUCAAAGAGCCUCAUGGACAAGGCCAGUUCGUUCAGCCCCACAGCACUCACGAGACACAUGUCGCCCAUUCAUCACAUCCCACCAUUCAGCCAUUCAGGCCACGUGCUGACGACACCAACCCCGGUUCAUCCAUCCUCUGGUCUGUCUUUUGGACCUCACCACCCCUCUAGUAUGGUCACUGCGAUGGGCUAGAGAUCUCCAGCGGGAAGCUGCAGAGCACGCCUGCUUUGCAUUAACAUUUUCCAAACGAGGGAUUAAACAAAAAUGCGAGCGACUUCAACUGUUUUCAGAUGAUAGGAAAUCUCUGAGACUGAGCAACCAUAAACUUUACUUCAAUUAACAAGCUUUGCUUCAGAUAAGAGUUUCCCUAGACAUCACCUAUAAGGAGCUCGGUAUGCUGUGUAUGUAUACUGAGUCGUCAACCAUCAUUUGUGAAUACACCAUUGUAGUCUCGUCACCUGUUUAUUUGUGAGACAGGAUCUUGUGCUGUGAAAUAUCAUUUUAAACAAAAUACCACUGACCCCGCCCUUCUUCUCUCCAGCUUCCACCAACCCCCACCCACUCCACCCCCCCACCAACCACAACCCCAAAUCCUGAAAAUACCUGUAAAAUAUACAAGGAAGAAUGGUCAACCAUGAGACUGUGUGGGGCUUCUUAUGUGCAACAUGAUCAGCCGUGGGUGAGAGGACUCUCAGACCAAGAGAGAAAGAGAGACACACAUAAUUUGAAGGAGGAGACAGCAAACUCACCAAAGGGAGCCAGACAACUCCUCUCUGCUCGUAAAACUGCCGAAAACUAACUCCCAGAUCUACUGCCUCACACCAGCGGAAGUUGUUUGAUGCAUUACCUUGUAGACAGACCAUUUAUCUGGCCUCCAGCCUCCACAUAGGAAGUGCUAUCAGUUGCAAGCAAUCAGUGUAAUACACGGAUAUUACCAAUGAAGAAUCUGGACAUCUAUUGUCCCUGGCUGAAAUGCAUUGUGAACAAGUUCCUGUAACUGUUGUUUGUAAGUAAUUCAAACUACCAGAAGAAGAUGUAGAAGAAUUAUUUCAUUACAUGCUGUACACGCUGGAUGGUUGUAUACAUUUAACAAUUAUAAUUGCUAGUGGAUUAAAAAAAAGACUGCAACAGUUUUGUUGGAUAAUUUUUUAAGAAAAAAAUAAACUAGACUUAAUUUUGUUGAUCUAUUGCGAUUCUGCUUGAGAGGGUUUUUUAAAUUUUGUUUUGGUUUGCUGAUGUUUGGAUGGUUUCCUGGCACCACAAUGUCUGUUUUUGCUUGUCCGUCUCACCACAAAAUUUCUGCGUUUGUGGUUGUACAGGAAAUAUAAAAAUUGCAUGUUAGCACUAUUGGCCUCAAAGCCUAAGGCCUAGUGACAAAAUACUGUGGUUCUGGUAAUGUGUACCUCCUGUAAUCUCCAGGGUUUGCUCUGAGAGUUUCUGUAGCCUUGAGAGUUAAGUACUGUAAAUGUUGUCUCCUUCACAUAAAACAUUAAAAAAAAUUUUAAAAAAAUCUUAGCUCCUCUUGCAACUUUUAACUGCUACAGUCUAUUUAAGUAAAAUGUGAAUAAAACAUUUAUUUACAAGCCCUUAAAAGAAAUCUUUUUUUUUGCUUUCAAUGUCCAAUCUUUUCUACCUCAACCACAUGGAAGUUAAUCAAGGACUAAAUAACUGUAAAAACUCAUUAAAUUCAGCACAUCUGGGAGUUAACAAGCAAGUUAUUGGCAGUCCUUUUAAUAGUGCAGUGCCAGUAAACCACCCAAAAACUCGAUGGUGCUGUGCACCCUUACCCACGGUGCAGAGCAGGCACAUCAUAUAACAACCCCUUGUGCAUCUUUUUAGUGGCUGUUUUUUACACACGUUGCCCCAUCACACCUCUUUCCUUUUUGUUGUAAAAUAAUUUCUGUCUUGUUCUUGUUGUUUUCGAGGUACUGACAAAGCCAAAACAAAAGGGGUGCAAUAUGACAUAGAAAACUGGCAGCAAAAGCGAAUAUAACAGGUUCUAAGUUAUUUGUACAAUUAUGCAGUACCUUUCAGAUGUGGAGCUUUGAGGAUACAGUAUUUCUCUUUUUUUUCUAGUAAAGUAAGUUAUUG